AUGGCCUGCAGCGAUGUCACAGAUAUCCCCUCCCCAUCGCGCAAUCACGAGCUUCACGAAACCCCAUCCAUAAUCGACCACAGCUCGUCAGCAUCCUCAACAAUCAAUCACUCGCUCCGUCCAGGAAUUUACGUCCCCACACUGUCCUUCUUCACCACUGAAAAGGACGAAGAUCCUGAUCUCGAGACGACAACUAAACAUGUAAAACGCAUGGCCGACGCCGGGGUCGCUGGCUUCGUCAUCCAUGGCACAACAGGCGAAAUUGCGCAUUUGUCACGCAGCGAACGCAAGGUCAUCACGAAAACUACCCGCAAUACCCUUGACGCCGAGGGGUAUAACAACCUUCCCAUCAUUGUCGGCUGUAAUGCGCAGUCGACGCACGAGACAGUCGAGCUGUGUAUUGAGACGCAGGCGAAUGGUGCUGAUUAUGUUCUUGUUUUGCCGCCAUUUUACUAUAAAGAACAGUGUAAGAAGGGGUGUUUGAAGGAUUUCUACACGGAUAUUGCGGACGCCUCGCCGCUUCCUGUAUUGGUGUAUUCUUUCCCUGGAGUCACGCCUGGGGUAGAUGUUGAUAGCGAUUUGCUGGCAGAGUUGGCGCAGGGGCAUCCCAAUAUCGUGGGAUGCAAGCUUAUCGCGACGAAGGCAGUUAGUGCUAUGGACUCGAAUAAGAAAGGGAGUGGGUUUAUGUGUCUGGGUGGUAGCGCUGAUUUCGUUAUUCAAGCACUUGCUGGUGGAGGGAGUGGUGCGGUCUGUGGACUUGCGAAUAUUACUCCCAAGGCGUGUGUGAAGUUGUUUGAUUUGUGGAAAGAUGGAGAGUAUCAGGAUGCUUCUAGUCUACAGGCUGCUAGUCUGUUGGAGUAUUUCUUUGGCUACGGAGGGCGUGCAAGGAAGCCAUUGCCGCGGUUGUCGAAGCAGGAGGAAACUAUAUUGAGGGACAAGUUUCAAGAGUUGAUUAAUAUCGAGUCAAGGCUGUAG